AAGUGCUUGUGAAUAAGGGAGUAAAACAGAACAAGGCUAAUUUGCAAAAAAAUAAAUUAUGGGCAACUAUUUACUGAAAACCAAAACUUGGGCAAUGCGGGAAAUUGCAAAAGCACAUGGAAAACAUAUUUAUUAAAUGAAUAAUUUUGUGCUUCAGCUCGAUCGAAGAAAAUAUAAUAUUAUAUAGCAAACAUUAGUGUACAUACCUACACCGCUUUUAUGAUAGCAGCGCGCGCAUCUUGCUGCGUGUACCCACUUUGCGUGCCUUAUCAAUGGUUCGGCGGCGGUGUGCGGCGAUAAUCGUAAAGUCAGCUGGUCGAGCAGGUCAUCGCACAGCGCCCGCCCCCACAAAAGCCACCAUUGAAAAGCUUCGUUGCAGAAUUUUAUUUGAUUUGCCAUUGAAUUGCAAUACGUGUACAAAGAAAUCCUAAAUAUAUUAAGAAAUAACAAAAUAUAAAAAAAGAGAGCAAAAAAAAACACAAAUAAAUUCUUCGAAAAAGCAAACGAAUUAAAUAAGACAUUCCGUUAAAUUACUUUCAAUUUUGAUUACAUCAACGGCGCAGUACAAACGCACUAGCACCACCACCCACUUGCUCAUCAGCGAGGAAUACGGACGUGAGCUAUUGGUGUGCCUCCGGCAAGCUAACAAGUAAACGCAUAGCGAAACAGUCAAGCAAGCAAUCAGGUUGGAAGGCAGUCGAGUGGCGCAUACACACGCGCGAACACACUCUCGCACACACAGCGCAUAUGUGAGCACCUUGAACCUCAGCCACGUUGUUGCUGUCUUUGUUGACGUCUCAUCAGCGUCUUUUUAUAGUACGUACUUAGUUGUUGGAGACGACGCUGGAUUUUAUCGCACUCCAUAGUGCCUCAGCCGCCGCACUCCAGUCGUCAACACAUACGCACACUCGAUACUCGAGUGCUUUGGAACUCUUAAUUGAUUUCUCUUUCACAGUGCAUUUUUCGAGUCAAACGAGAGCGCGCAAAUUAAUAGCCAAAACCAAUGUUGGGUAAAUUUACAUCGAAUCAUGUGCAGGUGUAUCAUCAGUACUCGCGUACCGUCUUUGUGACGAAGCCAAAAAAGCAUACACCUCGCAGCUGGAUUGAGACCAAUUUCCAAAAGAGAGAAUGCAUCAAAUUCAUACCAUGCCCCAAAGAUGAGACCAAAUGUUGUUGCGGUCAGGCACGUCAAACGCAUCAAACUAUACCGGGCAUCGAAAGUGGUACGUCCGGUGACACUUGGCUGCCACAGAAGCACACACGAGCACAACCCACCGACGCAUAUGGUACGAUCGAGUUUCAAGGAGGUGCACAUCCGACCAAAGCGCAGUAUGUUCGUUUGUCCUUUGAUACCCGACCGGAAUUGCUGGUGCAAUUGUUUACAAAAGAGUGGAAUUUGGAAUUACCAAAACUUUUGAUUACAGUACAAGGUGGCAAAGCGAAUUUUGAGCUGCAGCCGAAGUUGAAGAAGGAAAUCCGCAAAGGUCUUUUGAAAGCAGCGAAAACGACAGGGGCAUGGAUUUUCACAGGCGGCACAAAUACAGGUGUUACGAAGCAGGUUGGUGAUGCGUUGCUGCUCGAGGGUCAACAACGGAGUGGGCGUGUUGUCAGCAUUGGUAUUGCACCCUGGGGUAUAGUGGAGCGUAAUCAUGAACUUUUAGGGCAUAAUCGUGAGGUGCCCUGCCAUAGCAUAAGUUCGCCGAGGUCUAAAUUGGCUGUGCUCAAUAAUCGGCAUGCUUACUUCCUGCUGGUCGAUAAUGGUACCCAAGCGAAAUAUGGCGCUGAGUUGAUUUUGCGACGAAAAUUGGAAAAAUUCAUAUCGAACUUGAAGCUGCAUCCAUUUACACAUUCCAGCACACCGGUCGUCUGUCUGGUUAUCGAAGGAGGUACAAAUACGGUACGUGCGGUGUUAGAAUACGUGACCGACACGCCACCAGUGCCAGUGGUAGUAUGCGACGGCUCGGGUCGUGCGGCCGAUCUGAUAGCGUUUGUGCACAAAUACGCCUCCGAUGGCGAAGAGCAGCCAGUUUUGGAGUCCAUGCGAGAUUAUUUAAUUACUACUAUACAAAAAACUUUCGAAGUCGGUUUUGAUCAAGCGGAAAAACUUUACCAGGAACUUUUGCAAUGCACACGAAGCAAAAAUUUGAUAACCGUUUUUCGUAUACAAGAGAAGCCCGAAGGCGAGACACAGGAAUUGGAUCAAACCAUAUUGACGGCGCUCUUCAAGUCCCAGCACUUGAGCCCACCGGAACAGCUGAGUUUGGCGUUGACAUGGAAUCGCGUCGAUAUUGCUCGCAGCGAAAUUUUUGUCUACGGGCAGGAAUGGCCGCAUGGCGCUCUGGAUGAAGCGAUGAUGCAAGCACUCGAACAUGACAGAAUCGAUUUUGUGAAAUUACUAUUGGAAAAUGGUGUAUCAAUGAAGAAAUUUUUGACAAUACCACGCCUUGAGGAAUUGUAUAAUACAAAACAUGGUCCAGCCAAUACUUUAGGUUACAUUUUACGCGAUGUACGUCCACACAUACCCAAGGGAUACGUCUACACAUUACACGAUAUCGGUUUAGUUAUCAACAAAUUAAUGGGUGGCGCGUAUCGCUCAUAUUAUACACGCCGAAAAUUUCGUCCUAUUUACGCCAAAGUAAUGAAUAGUUAUGCCAAUGCACACCGAAAAUCUUCAACAUAUCAACGUUAUGCUGGCGCAAAUUCAUUGAGCUUAGUCACCGGUUUGCUGCCAUUCACAACGGAAAUGGCGCUCUUUGAAUUUCCCUUCAAUGAGUUGUUGAUUUGGGCUGUGCUAACGAAACGCCAGCAAAUGGCGUUGCUAAUGUGGACGCAUGGCGAGGAAGCGUUGGCAAAGUCGCUGGUGGCCUGCAAGUUGUAUAAAGCCAUGGCGCACGAGGCUGCCGAGGAUGAUUUAGAUACGGAAAUCUAUGAUGAAUUGCGCGCAUAUGCGAAGGAAUUCGAAAGCAAAGGCAUCAAAUUAUUGGACUUUAGUUACCGCACAGAUGGAGAGAAGGCUCAACGACUGCUGACAUGUGAAUUGCACUCAUGGUCGAACCAAAGUUGCCUUUCCUUGGCGGUGGCCGCCAAUCAUCGUGCACUUUUGGCGCAUCCAAGCAGCCAAGUGAUAUUGGCUGAUUUGUGGAUGGGCGGCUUGCGAACGCGUAAAAAUACAAAUUUUAAGGUUAUCUUAGGUCUUUUGAUACCUUUUUAUAUCAGACAUUUGGAUUUUAAGUCCAAAGAAGAGCUACAACAAAUGCCACAAACCGAAGAGGAGCACUUGGAGAAUCAAAAUUUGGACAACGAUGAUUCGGAUCGUUCGCAGCCCGACGCAGAGAAUGCGCUAACAAAAGCGAAAAGAUCAAUUUCCUUCAAGUGUAGGAUGAGCAGUAAUAAUAAUCCAGACAAGGCACUUUUGGCGGACACAUACUCUCUGCGCGAUACCAAAGUACAAGAAAAUGGAAAAGUUUCACUAACUGACUCCGAUCCAUCGCAGUUUCGGGAUAUUUUUAAUUUGGGCGAAUAUGAGUUGAAACAACACCAACCGCUGCGACUGAAGAAGAAAUUCUAUGAAUUUUAUACAGCGCCUAUCACGAAAUUCUGGGCAGAUUCGAUUGCCUACAUGUUUUUUCUAUUCAUGUUCACCUACACCGUUCUAGUGAAAAUGGGGCCGACACCGCGUUGGCAGGAAGUCUAUUCGAUUGCUUACAUCGCAACAUUGGGUUUUGAGAAAAUACGUGAAAUUAUCUCCUCAGAGCCGGUGGCUAUAACCCAUAAAUUUGCGGUGUGGGCCUGGAAUAUGUGGAAUCCGUGCGAUGCAGCUGCUAUUAUUUUGUUCCUGAUCGGUUUAUCGUUGCGUUUUCGACCAAACACUAUGGACAUUGGGCGUGUGAUUUACUGUGUGGAUAGUAUUUAUUGGUAUCUGCGGAUACUAAAUAUUUUGGGCGUCAACAAGUAUUUGGGUCCCUUGGUCACCAUGAUGGGCAAAAUGGUUAAGAACAUGAUUUAUUUUGUUGUGCUCUUAGCUGUGGUACUAAUGAGUUUUGGCGUCAGCCGUCAGGCCAUACGCCAUCCGGGCAACGAGCCAACAUGGGGUUUAAUUAAAGAGGUUUACUAUCAGCCUUACUUCAUGUUGUACGGUGAGGUGUUUGCCGAUGAUAUUGAUCCACCGUGCGGUGAGGAGCCGCAUCAGAAGCCAUGCCCCACAGGUCACUGGGUGACACCUAUCAUAAUGGCUAUGUACCUGUUGAUUGCCAACAUAUUGCUGAUUAAUCUGCUGAUUGCUGUUUUCAAUAAUAUUUUUAACGAAGUGAACUCCGUUUCGCAUCAGGUUUGGAUGUUUCAACGUUUCACUGUCGUUAUGGAGUAUCAGCAGAAGCCCGUACUACCACCACCAUUUAUCGCACUCUGCCAUUUCUACUCGCUGCUCAAGUAUUGUAUACGCAAAGCGAAAGGAUUGGAGGUACAACGUGACAAUGGUUUAAAAUUAUUUCUUGAAAAGGAUGAUAUGGAGCGUUUGUAUGAUUUCGAGGAGGAAUGCGUUGAGGGUUUCUUUCACGAACAGGAAAUUAUAUUGAAUCAGUCGACUGACGAACGUGUUAAAAAUACAACAGAACGUGUUGAAAUAUUGGCGCAGAAAAUUGAGGAUAUAAAUCAAAAGGAGAAUGUACAAACGGCCACUGUGCAGAGUAUUGAAUUUCGUCUGCGUAAAAUGGAGGAAUCUUCGGAGCAAAUACUCUCGCACUUGGCUGUCAUACAUCGCUUCAUGUCGAUGCAUAUGAUCGAAGGAACUGAUUUGAACGCAUCAAAUACGAAUAUAGCUGGAGAUUUACAAAGGGUCCGCACUGUAUCGAUGUCUGAUAAUGAAACCGUGAUGCCAGGGCCGAACUUACAGGUCAACAACCGGCGUCGUUUCAAUCGUUCACUCACAGAAGUACGCCCGGAUGCAUACAUUUUCGAUGAAGGCACUCAUUUCGAGGUGGUGCCAGUACCUGAAGAACCAGACGAGCUGACAUUGAACGAGCAUGUCGGCCGGAAGAUAUCCAUACAAUCCGAAUCCGAUUCGGAUAUUUACCUACCCAUGUCACAACGGCCGUCCACAUGUGAAACUGUAAAACGUACCCCGUACGUCACGGUGCGGCAGGAUACCGGCGCCAGCACCGAGAGCAAAGAUACCCUAACACCGUUGGGCGCUGACGACGAUCACACGCUGGUCGGUGAUGUUUCGGACGAGACUGGGCAGGACAUCAAUUUCGAAGCCGCCAAGCGUCGUGCUAUGCGCCAACGCACCGUAUCACUGUGUCGUCGCAACUCCGAAGCGUGCUCCAUCAUUGCUGCCGACAUUAACCGCUCACGCAUAAGUCUGAAUCAGUUGCCGUUGUCACGUCGGCAAAUGAGUCUCACACAAUCUGAGCCUGAUAGUGACAAGGAGGCGAUUGGAGGUGGAAAAUCAGUAUUGCAUGCGAAAUCCAGCAAAAAUAUACUUUUGAAGUUUCAUACGGAAUACACUUCGAUUACGGAUGAAUUGGAAAGUGUAUGCCAUUUGAUUGCAUCGCCGACGGUCUCACUGCCCAGUAACAAAGCAUCAUUGGAUCGUCCGACGGGUGAUAUGUCUAAGGCUGAGUUUGCUGCCAUGUUGGAGAAGCAACAUUUAAAGGAAUGCGAAGAGAAUGAUUACAUGAUGCUGGAGGGGCUUUUUCAAGCACGUGGAUCCAUCGAUGACACAGACAACUCAUUUGGGACCGGCAUAUCUGCGGAGUUUAGUCAUCGCCAUCCAUUACGCCGCGAAACCGCCAUCGAACUUUCACCCUCCAAACCAUCAUCGGGUGGUGGAGUGCUGGGCUGUGGCAAUAGCAGUGACACCAGUGGAGCCGGUAGUGGAGGUGGUGGCCUCGGUGGUGGUGGUGGUGUUGGUGUAUUUGCAAGCACAUCCACUGGCCCAGCCGGUUUCCAAGUGAAGAACGAACGUCCAUGGCAGCGCAACUCUUCGAUGGAACAGCAACAAACAUAUCAAUCGCCAGCGGUCCCAACUCGAGCCGCCAGCGAAUUCCUAAAUGCACCAUUCGAAAGCACUGGCAGACUGUUCAAAAAAUCGAGCGAAAGUCUACAGAAAGGCUCCAGUACCGAGACAGACUAUUCAGCGCAUCCAUAUCGCUUUAUUAAGCAAAGUUCGAACGACACAACCACCUCAAUGACUGGUUCCUAUAACAUUGACACGCCAUCGCUGGCGGCGGAGUUAUCGCUCGAUGCGGCCGACCCAAAUACACAAACCAUGCCAACGACCGUGCAGGAGAUCGGCGGCGGCGGCGGUAACGGCGGUACUACUGCUACAGGCAACGGCAACGUGAGUGACACCUCUACGCGUUACCAACCACUGCGCACCGCCUCUGUGGGCGCUAGCGAUAGCAGCAAACGUGCCAGCGAAAUUGCACCGCCAACGCCCAUGGAAUUGGGGGCGACAGCAGCAGCUGCAGUGGCGGUAAUGUCGCAGGUGCAGUCCGCGUUGCCGCGUGCCAUGCAGCUGAAGAAGCAGUUUAGCGUGGAUCAGGCGAGCAAAGCGCAGCCACAGCAGCUACGCACACAACCAUCCAACAUUCUGUCGGCAACAGCAACUGCCGCCAGCGUGUUGGCCGACACAAGCGUGGCGAGUGCAACUGCUGUGCUGCCAGCGCUUGCAGUGCCAGCCAAAUUGCUAUCCUCACUGAAGCCGCCCGGCAGCAUCAAAACGCUAGGCAUGAACAUACUCAAAGAGAGCAGCUCCAGCACGGAGGAGUCUAGAGAGAGUGGCGGGGACCACACACACGCCGGCGCAGCCAUGCCACAAAUUAGCACACACACAGUUCAAGAUGAAAUUGCCAAACUAUCGUCCAAUAUCAAAUCCAGCACCGAGUCGGAGAAGGAUCCGCCGUACAAUGAGACAAUGUGCUGAUUAGCAAAGGCCGUUGGCCACUUGGCAGAUAUGUACUGCUGCUACUACCCACAUACCUACACAUUUACUACCUGUAAUGCGACAAAUGCAAGCGUGAACUUUACAAAUUACCUACCUACCUAAUUGUAUUGUACAUAAAUAUGUAUGUGUGAUUAUACGUUGUUGAUUAGUCGAGUAGAUUGUUUAGGGAGCGUUUAGGAAUAUAUUUCAAGCGAGUAUGAAAAAAUGGUAUAAAAUGCGAAUAUACAACACUAUAUACAUAUACAGUUAAGUUGAAAAAGAAGCAUGCUAGAAAAAGGUUAAGUGAAAUGCUCUUCAAGCAUUUUAUAAAUAUUUUUAAUUCUGAAAUGGAAGAGCGAAAUGCAAUUGAGCGUGUGAGUGUAUUGGUUCAUUGAGCAAAAAACAACAAACAAAAAAGAAAAACAAAACCCUUUAAAAAACAACCAGCAUUUGCCAUAUGCUAUAAAACAUAUUUGCCAAAAAUAACAAAUCGUACUUUAAGGCGCAUAAGGUACUCGUAUAAACAGCUCCAUGUUAAAUUUGUUAUUAUUUGCUAGGCAGCUUAUACGCGUUUUUUUUUAACUUAAAAAUUGUUUGCCAUUUACCAUUUUAUAUAUUAAACAGUUUUGUGUAUUUAUUAUUAAAACCUAUGAGUUGCUUUUUUGCAUUUAAUUGUUAUAGUUAAAUUUGUCUUAAUUUUAAGUAAGUCAAUUCUCAUUGUUAUGGAAUUGACAAAACUUAGUUUUAAAUAAAAUAGUUUUAAUUAUAUAAAAUAUAUAGCUGCAAUUGUAAGAAAGAAAUUUAAAAUAACCGCAUUGCUCAAUAAUUUGUUCUAUAUUUAAAAAAAAAUUUAUUUAAAACACUUGUUUCGUUAUUUGCCGAAAAUGAUGUAUGCCCAUGUAACUAUAAACGAGAUCUCGAGCACCCUACGAGCACUGAUGCCGUCAGUAAUUUAUAAAAAAAAAAAACAUAAAGCCAAAAAAUAAAACGAUUUUAUGUGCGAUUUUAACUCUAUAUGUAUAAGGCGGUGCGAAAUUGCACAAACAAAUAUUAUUCGCUAUUACAUAAGUAUGUAAGCACAAGUUUUCGGCUCAAAUUUUAUUGUACUUAUACUCAUAAUUUUAGCGCAUUUUGUUUUUUUUUUAAUCCGCGCAAACUUUUAAUAAAUAUCUGUAUUAAGUUCUGCGAAA